AUGAUCAAUGAAUAUUGGCUUUACAAACGGAUCCCAUUCCACAGCUCUCAAGAUUUUACAGAAUGCUGUAAGUAAUUGUCAAAGUUGUUUUUCAAGAAACAGAAAGGGUUGCAACUUCUUCCUAGUAAUAGAAACUUUUACAGUUGCAUUCAAUGCCUAACGUUGCGGAAACCGAAAGGUCCAAUGAUUCUGGAAAUGGUGGACACAAAUCUGAGAGGAAGUCUCCAGAAGAAAAUCUACAAGGUGCUGUCAGAUCUUUCUGCACAAGUGCCUCGGGAGCACCCUUGGGUCCCAGAGGAGAUGGGCAUUAUCCAUGGAGUUGUCCUGUGACUCAUACUCGGGAGAAAAUUUAUGCCAUCUGUUCAGACUAUGCCUUUCUCAACCAGGCAACCUCAAUCUAUAAAACCCCCAAUCCAGCCCGCUCUUCUUGCCUCCCUGAUAGUACCUCGUUACCUUCUGGAAAUAAUUCAUCAAGGUACGUCGGUAUCCCGACUAGUACAUCAGAGAUAAUCUAUAAUGAAGACAAUAGUUUGGAAAACUUAUCCAACAGUCUGGGCAAGCUACCUCUCGCAUGGGAAAUCGAUAAAUCAGAAUUUGACGGGGUGACUACAAAUUUGAAACACAAAUCAGGCAAUGCAAAGAAACAAGUUUCCAAGAAAAAAACUUCUGAGAAAAAAGGAAGGCAUCAGAGGGAAUGUCCUCAGCAUUCUCCUCUUGAGGAUAUUAAACAGCGGAAAGUAUUAGACCUCAGACGAUGGUACUGCAUAAGCCGACCACAAUAUAAGACUUCAUGUGGCAUCUCCUCAUUAAUUUCUUGUUGGAAUUUCUUAUAUAGCACAAUGGGAGCUGGAAGUCUUCCACCUAUUACCCAAGAAGAGGCUUUACAUAUUUUGGGCUUUCAACCCCCAUUUGAAGAUAUCAGGUUUGGCCCUUUCACCGGAAACACAACACUCAUGAGAUGGUUUAGACAAAUUAAUGACCACUUCCAUGUAAAAGGAUGCUCCUAUGUUCUAUAUAAGCCUCAUGGGAAGAACAAAACAGCUGGAGAAACGGCUUCAGGAGCCUUGUUGAAGUUAACGCGUGGAUUGAAAGACGAGUCACUGGCUUAUAUCUAUCAUUGCCAAAAUCAUUAUUUUUGUCCAAUUGGCUUUGAAGCAACUCCUGUUAAAGCGAAUAAGGCCUUCAGGGGUCCUCUCUCACCACAGGAAGUAGAAUAUUGGAUCUUAAUUGGAGAAUCAAGUAGAAAACAUCCUGCCAUCCACUGUAAAAAAUGGGCAGAUAUUGUUACUGAUCUAAACACUCAAAAUCCAGAAUACCUAGAUAUUCGGCAUUUAGAGAGAGGGCUGCAGUUUCGAAAAACAAAGAAGGUUGGGGGGAAUUUGCACUGCCUCAUAGCAUUCCAGAGACUUCAUUGGCAAAGAUUUGGGCUUUGGAACUUUCCAUUUGGAACCAUCAGACAAGACUCACAACCUCCAGCACAUGCCCAGGGCAUCGCCAAAUCUGAGAGUGAAGACAAUAUCUCCAAGAAGCAGCAUGGGCGUCUGGGCCGGUCCUUCAGUGCUAGUUUCCAUCAGGACUCAUCAUGGAAAAAGAUGUCCAGCAUCCAUGAGAGAAGGAACAGUGGCUACCAGGGCUACAGCGACUAUGAUGGGGAUGAGUGACCCUGCUGGGCUCUCCGCAUGGUGUCAUCCACAUAGCUUACCUACAGGACUGCAAUACGAUAGUGGAAGGUUGAAACGUCUACAUUAAUAGAACAGAUCUCGUGGUACAAAGCAUAACCUUAUAGUUCUUAAUAAAUAAGCUUAUAUAUGAUUAUCAUGGGCGAUUUCAGAUGUAUAAGCAGAUAAGCACAGAUUAUUGCCCUUUUAAAAUUAAGAGUAUGUAAACAAUCUAGACAAAAAGUUUCAUAAAAUCCCCAAAUUUACAACUAUUUCUAAACAGAAACACAAAUUCACUUAACAGCAUCAAGAUUUGAAAUACUUAAGCAUGAAGUGAUUUAUGACUCGAUCCCUAGCUAAUUUGUUACAGAUAGUUUUAUUCCUAAGAUGAAGAUGUAAAGCAUUUGUCUACCCUUAAAAAAUGGGGGCUGCCAAUUUCUAGGUUUUGCUCAUGGUUAAAGCUCAUUUAAAAUUAUUUUGAGUCUAGUACUUCUUUCACUAAUAGCAGUAUUUUGCUUGCCUCAUUUGUCUCCUGAUUAACUGUCUCAGGAUUCUCAAUAAAGAGGCAAAAGAGGAAAGACUCAAAAAACCUGGUCUUUUCUAUUGGUGUAAAGGGUGACUUAGUGCAUUGAUUCCUUCAUGACUUUCCUGACUGUUAGUAUCAAAUAUUGACAAGAACCUUAGGUUUUGAAGACUUCUGUAAGUCUAGAAUAAACCUGGCUUAGUGAUAGAAUAGAAGAACAGUGGCAUCUGAAGUUUCUGUACCCAAGCUACCUUGCAGGGAGAUUUUCUGAUACUUGACUGAUCCCUGGAAUGGCAUCGUAUGUUAAUAAUGGCUUUGAAGAUGCAUCAAGAAUGCCCAGGUCACUCAGAGGGCACUCUCCACAUUCUAAACUCUGAGCUGUUUCUUUUUUUGAUCCAAUUGUCUUUUUGAAGUGAGUUAAAUAUUUUGGAAGUGUGGAUUUCAUGUAUUUGAGCUCCUCUCUAGCUGCUGUCAGUUCUUCUUCUGCUGCCAACCUGUGACUCACAAACAACUAGGAUCUCUUGUUCUUUCAUUUUAGGGGUUUGUUCCAGGACUUACAACAGUAGCUUGGUGAUUACAAGGUGCUGGAUAUGUUGGUAACCACAUUGCAAUACACCUCAAGGAGAGGGUUCAGACUUUUAUUUUUAAAAUAGUUUCAUUUUUUUUCUCUUGAAUUUUAUAUCCAUUUGUCCACAUACACAUGUCUAGCCUACAGAAAGGGAUAUAUAUUAUGAAAUGGUCAUUUUUCUGAAGAGAAUAUUUUGCUUGAAAUGCAAAGGACUGAAAGAUUUGUAGGUUGUUGAUUUUGUUACUUCAUACUGGAACUUUUAAAA